AUGGCUUCGAAUUCGAAUCCUUCUCUGCUGCCUGAGAUCGGAGCCGAUGGCCUUGCUCGAGAGGCUUCUGUCAUUACAUACACUGAGAAGGUCAUCGAGGAAGAACAGAAUCAAUUAAGGAAAUACAUUCAAGAAAAUUAUACUAAAAUUCGUGAUGUCGAGCGAGAGUUGGCAAAUCUUUCAAUGGAGAUGAAGCUCACGGCUGGGCCAAAAAAAUCAGCUCUUGAACAUUUGAGGAAGAAAAUAGAGAUGUCAACAGAGAGAAUUCAUGCUGCCAAGCUGAAGGAAGAACAAGCACGAAAGGCGUGGGAAGCAGCAGUACAGGUUGUAAAGGACGAGGAAGCUAUCAAGCAGAAUCUGUGUGAAGACUUAAACCAACUGGUACAAGAAAGCAGCAGUUCUCAGUUUACAAGACUGGAGGAGUUAAAAAGACGACUUGAAGCUUUGAACCCAAGCAGAUCAUCGGCCUCUGUUUUUUAUGAUAGGAAAUCAAUGGGAGUUGCUCAAAGUGGCACGGCACCAGAUGCUUCUACAGUUCCCCAAUCAACAGAAUCAGGCAGAGUCACUGAAAACACCCCUAAUCCAGGAAACGGUGGAAAUAUUUCGGUCACAAAUGGGCACAAUCAGCAGCCUUCUGCUGAGGGAGAAGGAAGACUAAAGAAGAAAAGUCAAUUCCAAGGAAAAGGGAGGGGAAUUGGAGCUGUGCCCAAGGGCAGGGGAUCUCCCGCGCCUGGCUGGACAGGUGCUGGGUUUGAUGCUUAG